AUGCAAAUAAAUGCCUAUGAAGUGGUUAAACAAAUGUGGAAUGCUGUUCAAAAUAAGAUUCGAGAAGAUCCUGCAAGCAAGAACCAGUUGCUUUCACAUCCCUCAAGCAUGUUACAUGAUGCUGCAAGGGGUGGAAAUGUUGAAUUUUUGAGAAUUUUACUCUAUGAAAAUCCCGAGCUUCUACGGAUGAUUGAUGACGGCUGUAAGACGAGCAUUCUUAAUGUAGCUGUCGAGAAUAGGCAACGUGACGUAUUCAAUUUAAUUUAUGAUAUGGAUCUGUUUAACUCAGAUGACUUAUUGUAUUAUUUCAAUGAGGAUAAUACAAGCUUGCAGAAAUUAGUUACCGAAAAGCCAAGUGUAAGUCACCUUAAUCAGGUCGAAGGAGCAGUAUUUCAAAUGCAUCAAGAGUUUCUAUGGUUUAAGGAAAUGGAAGACAUAGUUGAGCGCAUACCGACCAGAAAAGACACAAGGACGGAAACACGAAAAUUAUUCAUAGAAGAACACAAACAACUUAUGAAAGAAGCAGAAGAAUGGGUGAAGAGUACAGCAAAUUCAUGCCUGUUGGUUGCAACUUUGAUAGCCACUGUAGCUUUCACUGCAGCCUUCACAGUACCAGGCGGCAACAAUGGCAACAAUGGCGUUCCCUUAUUCAAUAGCUUUGAUCUCAUCUUCAACUGCAAUUCUACUGUUCAUGUCAAUCCUGACUUCUCGAUUCGCCAAAAGAGAUUUUUUGUUUUGGUUGCCAUUGCAGUUGGUGCUUGGUCUUGGAUUUCUCUUCCUUUCUGUGCUGGGAAUGGUGUUGGCUUUCAGUUCUUGCUUGUUCUUGCACUUUGA